AUGUCCUCAAAGUCAGUCACCGGCGCAUACAUUAUUGCUAGAACUUUACGAGACCUGGGCGUCUCUGUUGUAUUUGGACUUGUCGGGGUCCCUGUCUCUGACAUCGCCGAGCAGGCGAUUAACCUAGGUAUUCGCUUCAUCGGAUUCCGCAACGAGCAAGCAGCAAGCUAUGCCGCCACUGCGUAUGGUUACUUGACUGGAAAGCCUGGUGUGUGUCUUGUGGUGGGAGGUCCGGGUGUUCUGCAUGCCAUCGCUGGUGUGGGAAAUGCGUCUGCAAACAAUUUCCCGUUCCCCCUUCUUGGAGGCUCGAUUGAGACCAACCUGGUUACGAAAGGAGCUUUCCAGGAACUAGACAGUGUUUCCCUACUCACACCUCACACAAAGCUAUCCAUACGACCACCGAACGCUGCAUCAUUGCCCAGCGUAAUUGCAAAUGCCUACAGAUGUUCAUUCUAUGGAAGGCCUGGAACAAGCUUCAUCGACCUACCCGCAGACAUCAUCAUGGACCCGCUAGACUCCCUCGAGGACGUGGAGGAAACGCCAUCGGUAGCAAACCCUCCGGCAGGAGGAGCCGACGAGGCUCGACUAUUCAAGGUCGCACAGCUCAUCAAGGGUGCAAAAGCGCCGCUGGUGUUGAUAGGAAAAGGUGCGGCAUAUGCCCGAGCUGAGGACGUUAUUCGGCGUCUCAUUGACCAAACCAACUUGCCCUUCUUACCAAGUCCAAUGGGAAAGGGAGUUUUGCCAGACUCGCAUCCUCGAAAUGUCUCGUCUGCACGAUCUGUAGCUUUGAAGAUGGCGGAUGUGGUUCUUAUCUUGGGUGCGAGGUUGAACUGGAUAUUCCACUAUGGUGAACCGCCAAAGUGGAAUCCUGCAGCGCGGUUCAUCCAGGUGGAUAUUUCACCAGAAGAGCUCGGCCGGAAUGCAGGGGACGCACAGCUGGCUCUUGUCGGAGACGUUAAUAUUAUGGCCUCGCAGUUGACUCGACUCUUGGCGGAUUGGCAUUACGACCCUUCUUCAUCGGGCUUUGCCCGCAGGCUCAUAGCUGCAAAGGAGAAGAACGAGGCUGCUGCCUCUGCCGCAGCUGCAGACCCUUCGACCCCUCUUUCUUAUGCUUAUGCAUUCGAUGUCAUCAAGAAAGCCCUCCAUUCUCUAUCCCCGUCAGAAGAAGGAGGUACAGUCUACAUCGCAGAGGGGGCAAAUACGAUGGACAUAUCAAGAUCCAUAUUCCCUCUGCAACAUCCUCGCCUUCGGCUGGAUGCAGGCUCCUACGCUACGAUGGGUGUUGGUCUUCCUUACGCUAUUGCUGCAUACGAAGCUUACAACGGCCCUGGCGCACAAGCUACCUCUGGUCCUGCACGCCGGAAAAAGGUCGUUGCAAUCGAAGGAGAUAGCGCCUUUGGUUUUGCGGGUAUGGAGAUUGAGACCAUGGCACGAUUUCAAAUGGAUAUUCUCAUAUUUGUUAUCAAUAAUGGGGGCAUAUACUUUGGGGAUUCUAGUUCCGGUGAGGACUGGUCUUGGCGUCAGGAGAGGACGGUCAAAGGUGAACCUGGGUUGCGGAGCUGGGCACUGGGCUGGGAAGUGCGAUACGAGAAGAUGGCGGAAGUGUGUGGCGGUUUGGGAUAUUUCGUGCGAACGCCGGAGGAAUUGCACAAAGCGACAAUAGAGGGUUUCCAAGCUGAGGUGCCUGUUAUUGUGAACGUCAUCAUUCAAAGUGGUAAACUAGAAAAAGCGAGUUUUGGCUGGCAGGUGAGCCCAACCAAGAAGACGAAAACGGCAAGACUAUGA